GCGACUAACGAUGCCGCAGCCGAGAACAGUGCGCUUCGCAUUGAUUGGCUCGGUGGCAUCGUGAACCCCGCGAUGAAUCGCACCUCAGCGUCUAAGCAAGGUCGCAUCGAGGCGGAGCUCAUCGCCGCGGCUGAGGCCCUCUCUCAACCGGCUGAGCCCACAACCACUAGUGCCAAUGCCUCUGUGGCGCCUCCUCAGCGGGAACAAUCGACGACUUUUAAUCCUAGACACGGUCUCCUUCAUUCCGGUUCUAUGGCUAAAAGACGCCCCAAUAAGCACAAACGUCUGCCUCCUCCUCCCGACACUGCAUUCAUUUCUGACUUUGUUGCCCGUCUCUGUCCAAAGUCUGGCCGUCUGUCUGAGGCAUCUGUUGAGACAGAAAAGGCCUUCCCUAGCGAGAGCGAGCCGUCCUCGGAGACUUUGUCAAAGAGUGAGAACAACCUAUUGAGGGACCUUGUGUCACUACGUCCCCCGCCUCUGGACUUGAAUCCCGAAUGGACCGAUGCUGAGCUCAAUUUGGCUGUACAAAGUACUGCAGAACUUGGCUGUGACUACUACGGCAUCGCCGCUCGCCUCGUCAACAAGUCGGCCGGCAUGGUGGCCAACCUCUUCGAGACCCAGGGCCUCCAUCUCCGCCUGCAUGAGGUUGCUUCCAUGGCUCGGGUGCGGCCGUAG